GCCGCGGCGGCCUUGGUCGCGGGGUCUGCCGCCGAGACGAUCCGCAUUGACGUCGGCGCCAAUAACCUUCUCGACUUCUCUCCCGAGUCGACGACGGCGGCCGUCGGCGACGUCCUCGAGUUUCACUUUUUCCGUUAUUUCCCGAGCCACGACGUCGCCAUGGGCGACUUUGACAGCCCGUGCACGCCGGCCAAAACCGGCGGUUUUUACUCGGGCAUCUUUGAGACAACGGGCUCCGGAGAGAAUGCCAACGUCUUCAGCGUCGUCGUCAACUCGACGGACCCUAUCUUCUUCUACUGCACCGUGGCCCGCCACUGCGCGUCGGGCAUGGUUGGCGUGGUGAACCCCAGCGGCAGCCAGACGCUGGCCACAUACAAGUCCAACGCCCGGUCCGCCAGGUCGUCAGCCCCCCCGGCCGUGUUCGGCGGCCAGAUCGUGCCCGCUAGUAGCUCC